GGAGGAGGAGGAGGAGGAGGAGGAGGAGGAGGUCUGUCCAAUGCUUUACAAGUCUUCAUUCUCCUUGCCUCCCUCGCCUUCGUCAGCGCUUCCUCCUCCAGCAGCGCAAGAGAUGUAAACAGCAAUGUCCUUCGCUUUAAUGACUUACUGCCUGAAAACCCACGAGACUACGAUAAGAUGAGGCCGCCAAAGAAGGAAGGAAGACCCACUAAUGUUUAUUUCCACGUGACUGUAAUGGGGAUAGACUCCAUCAAUGAAAAUUCUAUGACCUACGUGGCGGACAUUUUCUUCGCCCAAUCCUGGAAAGAUCACAGACUGAGACUUCCUGAAAACUUGAAUUCCAGCUACAGGCUACUGGAGGUGGAGUGGCUCAAGGACAUGUGGCGCCCCGACAGUUUCUUCAAGAACGCCAAACAGGUCACUUUUCAAACUAUGACCAUCCCGAACCAUUACGUCUGGCUUCACAAGGACUCCACGAUUCUUUACAUGGUCAAGCUCACUCUCACUCUCUCCUGCGCAAUGAACUACGCAAUUUAUCCUCACGACACGCAGGAAUGUAGAAUGCAGAUGGAAAGCCUCUCGCACACCACGGAGGAUCUGGUGUUCGACUGGGAGCCUGAGGUGCCGCUGGUGGUGGAUGAUAACAUUGAAUUGCCCCAGUUUGACCUCGUUGGCAACCACACGGCGGACUGCACUCAGGUCUACCACACAGGUAACUUCACGUGUCUUGAGGUGGUCUUCCAGCUGCGUAGGCGCCUCGGAUACUACCUGUUCCACACCUACAUGCCCACGUGUCUUAUUGUCAUAAUGUCGUGGGUCUCCUUCUGGAUCAAACCCGAGGCGGCACCAGCGCGAGUCACACUGGGCGUCACUUCCCUCCUGACUCUGUCCACCCAACACGCGAAGUCACAAGAUUCACUCCCUCCCGUGUCCUACAUUAAAAUUAUCGAUAUGUUUAUGUCCACGUGUACUGUCUUCGUCUUCCUGGCCCUGAUGGAGUACGCCCUGGUUAACAUAGUACUUGGAGACGGCCCUGAGGUACCCCCGAAGAACAAGGGCGGCGCGGAGAAGCAGGGGAGGGCAGCAGGGAUUAUACAAGGUUGCUCUAAGAAGGAGAACGGACGCCUAGCUAUCUCAGCCGCCCCUGCCUUCCCAACAGAUCCCCUGGCAGACCUCCCCCCACACCACACCUACACCCACACCCCCCUACUGCACGAACCCCCCAUCCUCCCACCCCUGCAGCCCCUCCACUCCCCACUACCACCCCCACACAUCCACACACACCUGUUUGAUCACCCCCAUCUGCCUCACAUCCACCACCACCACCACCUCCGCUUCCCACCCCCUGCUCCGGGUUUCGCUGAUGUGUGUCCCCCGCUCCCUACUGUCCCCCCUCCUCCCCCGCCCCCCUCGCGCCACCCAGGACCCACUCCAGCGCAGAAGAGAAGGGCGAAAGCAAUAAUGGUCGACAGGUUUUCAAGGGUGUUUUUUCCUUCGACUUUUGGGUUAAUUAAUGGAAUAUAUUGGAUUAUUUUCUGGCUGUAUCUGUGAGCUGGGGUGAUGGGGAGGGUAAAGGGGAGGGGCUCUGGUAAGGCCUAGGCUGGGGUUUCUUUCAAUGGGUGGAUGAGUCAGAAAGAAAAGUAUGAAUGAGGAAUAAGAAAAAAAUAAUAACAAUAACAGCAGCAAUAAGAAUGUUACCACUAACAACAAUAAAAAGAAUAAAAAUAUUAAUGAUAAUAGAAUAGAAUAGGAGAGAGAGAGAGAGAGAGAGAGAGAGAGUGUGUGUGUAUGUCCCAUAGAGAAAUUAAUAUAUGUUCUCAAGUAUGUAUGUAUAUUUUAAUAGUAUACAGAAUGCUGGCCAUUUAUGUAUACCAGAUUAUUUGAUGUAUGAAUGUAUGGAUGUAUAGGUUAGGUGAGGUCAGGUUAGACAUGCGCCACACACUCACCCUUGUCACCAUUCACUCAUUCAUGUCCGUCGCGUCACAGAAGGCGCCGUCACUCACGCACAUUUUCCGUCAAGCUUUGCCUCACUGCGUCGCGUUGCGUCGUCAGCCUCUCCGCGCACCAGUCAGGUCGUCUUCACGGCUCGUCAACUUGUGUUGUCAAAUGAAAACCAGUGUUUAUAAUUAAAAAGAUGUGUUAAGUAAACUUUAUUGCUUUCCGAAACUUGAAUGAAAUUGUAAAUAAAGAUAAGUAUAAAAUGA